CCAAGCUGUUCCUGCCAGAUCAUCUUGCUAAGUUUUCAGGCUUUGACGAGUCACUGGACAUGAGUGCAAUCCUUCGUCUGCUGGGAGUUAACAACCCAGCACCAAUUUUCCACUCUCCAAAUCCAGGGUUGUCUAUUCAGAGUUCAGCUGAUGAUGUCAGGGAAAAUGUCAGGAACACAUGGGGCCACUGUAAUGUUACUGACUGGACUGAAGUCUUCUUCAGUGAUUGUUUCUCCCAGCUGGCAACAUUGGUGAGAAGUCUGGGACUGACUGGUGGUGUGGAAAAGACCACUGUAGAUCAGCUUUCUGAUUGGCAAUCAAAAGGUUGCCAGCUGUGUAUGGGACAUGCUGUGGACAAAGAUCUACUAUCUCUGGUCCAAAGAGAAGUAAAAGGAAUCAUUGCAGACUUGGCAGGGCAUGAUGCACGACUAGAUGCAGUGGAAACGAAGCUUGAAAAGGAAGAGGAGGCUAGAAGAGAAGAGAUUGACAAGAUCUUGGAGAGGCUAGUGUCCAUGGAAAAAAUGGUGAGUGAAGAAUUAUUGAGGAGAGUCGAAGGAUUGGAACAAAGAAUUGAAGGAGUGGAACAACGAGUCGAGGGAGCAGAACGAGGUCUUGCUGCAGCAAAGGUCAAAGUGGAAGAAAUGGGGCAAGGUAUGGCACAACUGCAGGAUAGUUUCACCAAAACAGAUGACAAAGUAGAACAACUGGCGCAUGAAUUCAAGAGUCAGAGGAUGGUAGAUGUCAAACCAGGUUUGUAAAAGAGAAAGAAGACCAAAUAUGAUG